AUGACGGACGACCUUGUUACGUUAUUCUCCCAAAUUGGGUUCCAAGAAUCCAAAGCGCGCGAGAUCCUGAAAAACACUAAGGUUGCCUCUUCAUUGGCCCAUUUGAUCCGGCUAUCUGGCGAUAACGUCCAGUGGGAUAAGACAAAGAGCACUUUGACUCACCAUUUGGCAACGCUGAUCAAGGGCGAGGAUCUGGUCCACGACAAGGAUAUUGUUGCGGCUAUUGACGACGGCGAGCUCAACUCCACUUUGCAAGUGACUGAAGCUUACAAGUAUGUCAAGUCUGCGGGAUCUGACUUCAACAAGGACGAGAUGAGGGAGAAAUCCGGAGUGGGGAUCACAGUUACUGAGCAGGACGUUGAGGAUGCCAUCAGAAAGUACAUUGAGUCGUUGAAGGACGAGUUUUUGGAAAAACGGUACAAGAUGGUGCCUAACAUUCUGGGAAGCGUGCGAAGCUUGCCAGAGUUGAAAUGGGCCUCUCCAUCGAUGUUCAAGCCUACUGUUGAUAAGUUGGCGUUGGAAUACCUUGGUCCUAAGGAUGAAAGAGACGUGGUGAAGAAGGAGAAGAAGAAGAAGGAGCCAUCAAAGGCCAAGACAGAAACUAAGGCUAAAGAGCCAGAAAGAAACAUGUUCACUGAGGGAUUCCUUGGUGAUUUGCACAAACCAGGUGAGAACCCACAAAGAUGGCCAGAACUGAUGAAGGAGCACCUGAAGGUCACCAAAGGCAAGGUGUUCACGAGAUUCCCGCCAGAACCCAACGGGUUCCUGCAUAUCGGGCACUCCAAGGCCAUUAUGGUGAACUUUGGUUACGCAAAGUACCACGACGGCGUGUGUUAUCUGCGAUACGACGACACUAACCCAGAAGCCGAGGAACAGGUGUACUUCGACUCUAUUUUGCGGUGUGUCAAGUGGUUGGGAUACGAGCCUUGGAAAAUCACCUACUCUUCCGACUACUUUGACCAGCUGUACGAGCUGGCUGAGAAAUUAAUCACCUCUGGCUAUGCGUAUGUUGAUCACUGCACCCCUGAGGAAAUCAAGGCACAAAGAGGAGUCAAGGCGGAUGGAACUCCUGGUGGAGAGAGAUUCCCAUCUCCAUGGAGGGACCGGCCGGUCGAGGAGUCGCUGGCUGAGUUUAGAAAAAUGAGAGACGGCCAUUACGAGCCAGGUAAGGCCACUUUGAGAAUGAAACAAGAUAUCAACUCGCCAUCGCCUCAAAUGUGGGACCUGAUUGCGUACCGUGUGCUGAAUGCCAAGCACGAAAGAACAGGCGACAAGUGGAAGAUCUAUCCAACAUACGACUUCACACACUGUUUGGUCGAUUCUUUCGAGAACAUCAGUCAUUCUCUGUGUACCACCGAGUUCUAUCUCAGCAGAGAGAGUUACGAGUGGCUGUGUGACGUGCUGCACGUUUAUAGACCAGCGCAAAGAGAAUAUGGUCGGUUGAACUUGAGUGGAACGAUCAUGUCCAAGAGAAAGAUUGCCAAGCUUGUGAACGAGGGAUAUGUUCGUGGCUGGGACGAUCCAAGACUGUACACUUUGGAGUCGCUGAGAAGAAGAGGUGUUCCUCCAGGAGCCAUUUUGAGUUUCAUCAACACUUUGGGAGUCACCACCUCGACUACCAACAUCCAGGCCGUGAGAUUCGACACUGCUGUGAGAACGUACUUGGACCACACGACUCCAAGAUUGAUGAUGAUCGAAAACCCAUUGAAGGUGGUCAUUGACAACCUGGCCGACGAUUAUGAGGAGUUGGUGGAAAUUCCUUACAAGCCAGGAUCUCCGGAGUUUGGAUCCCGUAGAGUUCCAUUCACCAAGACCGUUUACAUUGACAAGUCGGACUAUAGAGACACAAUCACCAAGGACUACUUCAGACUGGCCCCAGAGCAGCCUGUUGGACUAAUGAGAGUUCCUUUCAACAUCAAGGUGACCAGCGUGGACAGAGACGAGUCUGGCGCUCCUGUUCUGAUCCAUGCCGAGUAUCUGAACGACCCUGCCGUGCACAAGAAACCAAAGACGUACAUUCAUUGGGUUCCGGAGAGCACGAAGUACAACUCGCCGGUGAAGAUCGCAGAGGUGAGAAUCCACAACCAACUGUUCAAGUCGGAGAACCCGUCUGCCAACCCUGAAGGAUAUCUGGCGGACAUCAACCCUGAUUCCGAGCAAAUCAUCAAGAAUGCCAUCAUAGAGCCAAGUUUCCACGAGAUCGAGACCAAGUCUCCAAUGAACAUGCCGUUCACCAACCCUCAAUUUAGCAUCCACGAGGAGGCCGGCAAGGAGACUGUCCGGUUCCAAGCUCUGCGUGUGGGAUACUUCUGUUUGGACAAGGAUUCUACCAACGACAAGCUGAUUCUCAACCGGAUUGUCACUUUGAAGGAAGACUCUGCCAAAGAUUGA